CGGAUCUCGACCGGUAUAUAUAAACUGGCCGGCACCCGGCGGUCCUCACCAUUAUUUGUGAUCCGCAACAGCACGAGCAGCAGCGAUAACACCACCAGCAUCAGACGUCCAAGUACCAAACCGAUCAACAUGCACACAACUCUGGUGGUGGCUUUUGGGCUGAUGGCUGUAAGUUCGGCCAGUCCUUCUCUAUACUUUGGAAGUCCACAGUUUUAUGGAGGUUACUAUCCCGCAGCUCCCGUGGUUAGUCCAAUUAAGAGUCAAUAUCACACACAAAACGAGUUGGGUCAUUACUCGUACGGUUAUAAUGAUGGUUACUCGUCUAAAACAGAAACCAAGCACGCAAAUGGGUUAACCGAAGGUUCUUAUUCGUAUGUUGAUCCCAACGGAGUCUUGCAGCAAUACAAAUAUGAAUCCGAUGAAAAUGGUUACCGAGUAUCUGGAACCAAUUUGCCCGAGUCAUCUGGCGUAACGUCUAUUGUUUCAAAUAACUUGGCUGUGCCUCAACCAGUACAGGACACUCCGGAAGUAGUAGCAGCUAAAGCCGCUCACCUUGUAGCUUACGAAGAAGCAAAAAAAGCAUCCGAAGCUGUCCCAGAAGAAACGUUUGACACAGUGGAAGUAACGGCAGCUAAAGUAUCAAAACCACCGUAUGGUUACCCUACGGUAUAUACCGCACCUUACUCUGUUGCCACUCCUUAUGCUGCCUACGGUUAUGCACCAGUUGUCCCGUCCUACGCUACUGCAUAUUCCGCUAAACCUUAUGUUCACCAAUACUCUGGACUAUAUUCGCCAGUAAACAGUCAGUACCAUACUCAAGAUGAAUUUGGACAAUACUCGUAUGGUUACUCCAGUGAUUCAUCAUCUAAAUCAGAAACUAAGACUCUCGAUGGCGUCACACGAGGUGGUUACUCGUAUGUUGAUGCCAAUGGAAUUCUUCAACAGUACCAGUACGUGUCAGACCCGAUCAACGGCUUCCGUAUUUCGGGAACUAAUUUGCCAUCCAACUCGUUGUAACUUGUUGCAACCACAGUCUCCUUGUAAAUUUUUACUCUAUAAACGGAACGACAAUGAAAAAGAUAAUGGAUAUGAUAUACCUAUAACUGUAUUGUACGUUAAGCACAUCCCCAUGUGAGAUAAUAUAGAGCGUGAUGCGACCGAUAAACGUCGGAUCAGUUCGACCAAAAAACGAACCGAUCCAAUAGACUUUAUAAAGGAAAUCGUUUCUCGGUCACGUCACGCUCAAAGUUACUUUUUAAUGGAUAAGGGGAAGGAUAAGGAUAAAGGUUGAAUACCUUUUCUAUUUCUGUAAGUAUUAUAGUUUUUAUCUUAUUAAAAACCUUUUUCAUGGGUACACAUCAAUAGUCAACUUUCUUAUUAUUAUAUUAUCUGCAAUGAAAAUAAAAAUUUGUGAAUAAAAUCAUUACCUUGUGAAAAUAACUUGCUUUUUAUGUAUAGAUAAAUCUCGUUUUCUUAUAUCUAAUAUAACCAGCUAUAUAUUUGUUUGAA